AUGGUCGACAGCGCGAACACGCAGGGCGGAGAGGAGUCGACGAAGACAGGGCGGAAGCGGCCGCGUAUUGACAUGGCGACGGAAGCAGGUCAACGCAAACGCGGCAAGUCGAUGUUCGCGCUCGCUCUAGGUACGCUUACGAAGGCGAAGAACGAGGACCGGCAGCGGGGCCAAAGCGAUGCGGCAAAAAAGCGGCAAGAGAUCGAACAGCGGCUGCAAGACAAGUUGCGCAAAGAGACGGACAGCGUACGGCGCGCGGAGGAGGCGAAGAAGGACAAGACCGCCUCGAACCGCAAGGAGGAGGAGUUGCAGCUCAAGGACUCCAUUUACAAACUACGCCGGACACGUCUGCCGCUCCUCGCCAACUUCCUGCUGACCUCCGACAACAUCCCCGACAUCCCAUUAACCGACCCGCCCUCUCUCCCCGAGCCCCCGCAAGAUCCCGACAACACGAACCUAGCAGCAGCCACCGCCCGGGCGUCCAAAGCGCCCGCACUGGCGGGCCCGCCCCGCUCACAUCCUCCACCACUGUACUACCUCCCAGUCAUCCUCACUCCUGCGCAAGAGGCGUUCCUCAAGCAGAGAAAAGAAGAGGUGAAAGCCGCCGCCGAAGCAGAGUGGUCCGCCUUCGCUGCGGAACGCUCAGCAGGCAUCACUGAGAUCGCCCGCCUCCGAGAACGCGUCGUGGAAGAAGCCUCGCGGAGCAAGGGGUCCAAGCCGCAAGAAGACGUUGAACUGUCUGACGCUACCGCUGCCCCGUCCAGCCCAGAGAAGCCGGCGGAGGAGUCCAAGCCCGAGACAGAAGCGUUGAAGGGAGCGUCGGCGGGGUCCGCAGCGCAGGACGGGGCAAGUCCUGUCAAGGAGGACGCGGAGGACGCGAAGAUGGAGGUGGACGACGAGGCCGCGAAAGAGGGCGAGAGGAGGGAGAAGCCGGCGCCGCCGCCCCCGGCGGACGAGGACGACGCGGUUGAGUAUUAG